GACUUAUGCAGGCCAUACAUGGUUCGAAUUCCGAACGAUUUUUCGGCUGAAAAUCGAAAACGUCGUUCGCUCGGUAAUCCGAUGGCGACAUCAAUGAUUUUGAAAAUUGGCCGACCAAUUCAUAAAAUUCACCCCAUAUAACAGGUGAAACUUCUGUUCCUUCCAGGUCACGGCUCAUGCGCAUAUUCUUUUCGGAAAAAUGAUCGUACGAUUUGGCCAUCGAGUCGAAAAUCGGUAGUUUUUCACGAAUUUUCCAACAUGCCCAAUCACCGAAAAGGGGAGGAACCGUGCAAAUCGG